CUUGUUUUGUUUGCUGUCGCAAGGGCCGCGAAACAGUGUCCAUGGCAACGACCUAACCGUCAAGUCAGGACGUCGCGGCAUCUCCGACAGAACGGCCCAUUUUGAAAUACCUGUUGGUGUAGUCUUGAAGAGGUCAGUCACUGCUGAUGUCGUUAGUCGUUAGCGGAGCGAAAUUCCCAGAUAAAAGGACAACAUAUUUUCCAGGGCUGGGAGGACCGCACCAGCGCAAGCCUUUGGUUUUCAUGAGCAAAAUCUUACAGACGCUUGGCUGAUUAGAAGUGGGAGCUGUCUUGGGAGUCAGCGGGCUCAGCGAUUUCCAUAAUAUGAACUUCUUGGCUUCGGGCGCCUUCUUGAUACUGGAAACGGCGGUCUCCAAGAGCGAUGAGAAGGCAGCAGGCGACCUGGUCGAUAGCCUCAGCAGCGCUGCCGGGUACAACCACAGCGUGCUUAUAUUCAUUAGUGAAGACACAGAUGCUGCUUUACCGGAGGCGCGGCAAGUGUUCAGGCGGGACACGCUCAUCUCGUCUGCGGGGCCGUACGGCUCUUCGGAGCUGUCGCCUUUCGGUCCCUCCGCCUCGCUGCUGCCCGGACUGUACCUCGGAGACCAGCCAGGAGCUCUAGUUCUGGAGCAAAAUGCCACCCUGACACUCCAGUGGCUCGACAUACACAACGCUGUGGCAACUUUCAACCCGAGCAAUGGCAGCAGCAACGGCACCAGCAGUGGCAACAGCAGUAGCUCCACUGCAGGGCCCGCGUGGUCCCUGUCAGUGGACUCCGUGGAGCAGCCGCCCGGGUCCCGGCUGCGGCUGGUGCGCAGCGAGCUGGUGCUGCUGGACUGCGCCGUGGCGCAGGCGCUGUGGCGGGCGGCGGGGCUGCCGGCGGCGCAGCGGCCCUGGGGCUGGAACAUGACGCAGGGCGUGGCUCCCGAGGUGACUGUGUGGGAGCUGGUGCAGCCGCAGCUGCACAUGCAGCAGGUGGUGGUCACGUGCAGCCAGGUGUGCGGCACGAGCGGCGUGCGCACGAUGCAGGUGUCAACCUCCGCCCAGUGGGUUCAGGCGCUGCAGGCAGUCAACCAGCGCAGCGACGGCUGUAGCAGCUACGUCAUUGAGGUGGGGCUGCCGCGCGUGUCGCUGGCGGCUUGGGCGACUGCUACAGCCAGUGCUACUGCCGCCGGCGCGGCGCUGCUGCCGGCGGCUUCUGGUGCUGCUGCUGCAUCAGCCGACGGCGCCGCUUGGUUCACCGGCGGCAGUAGCGUGAUGUCGGUGGCUGUGCCGGUGGCUGUAUCCCUGAACGUGACCAUUCGCGGCGUGCUUGGCAGUAGCAACAGCAGCGGCGGUGGCGCUGGCGACGGCUCAGCAUUUGCUACAGCCGGCCUGCCGCGGGUGGUGUUGGAUGCGGCCUACCUGCUGUCGGUGUUUGAGGUGGUGCCGCCGGCAGUGCUGACGCUGCAAGACGUGUCCCUGGUGCGCCUCGCCUCGCCGCGGAGUGGAGUGCUGGCGGCGCCGCUCUACUUCAUCAGCAGGCCGAACUUCACAUCCCCAGAUGCCCCGCGUGUGAGGCUGGAGCGCGUCACGGUGCUGGUGCCGCAGGAUGAGCUGUCGUACGAGCUGACCUGGCUGCGGGCCUACAGCAGCGGCAGUAGCAGCACCGGCAGUGGCAGCAGUAGCAGUGCUGGGAGCGGCGGCAGCAGUGGCGGCGCCUCGCCGUCAACGAUACUGGCAUCGGGCCUUGAGGCGUGGCUGGAUUCGGUGGUCGCCGUGGCUGAGCUUGCGGGCUCUUCGGCCGGUGCCUUUCGGCUUUCAGAAUUUGUGGGCUUCGGUCUGUCAGCCCAUGACCUCACCUUCUCCAGCAACGCAACCUGGGUGCUGUCACGCGGCAACACAAGUGCCGUCGUUACCGCCAACAUGACCCGCACGCUGGUGAACAGCACGGGUGUGGCACUGGUAGCUCCGAGCGCCCUCAGCACGUACCCGCAGGCGGUGCUUGUGGCCUCGAGCGGCGGGCUGGUGGCGGUGCUAGAGGCUAGCGACCUGCCGGCGCCGCCGCACCCGCGCUGGUCGUCCUCCUCCCUGUUGGGUUCCUGGCCGCUGCUACUGCCGCUCCAGACGGCGGUGACCAGCAACGCGCCCUCCGCAACACCGCCUGCGAGUGCUACUGCCGCCAGGAAGACCGCAGCUGCAACGGCGCCGGCGGCAGGCGGUGGGAACAACAGCACCGGCAGUCGGCGGCGGUCAAUGCAGCAGAUCGCCGGCGGCGGCAGUAGCGGUGAUGGUGGCUACAGCUCGACCAGCCUGCUGUUUGAAGCUUAUCCAGGAGCACCCACCAUUGCUGUCGUGUCGCUGCUGACGCCCGCUUACCCGCAGCCCGCGACGCCAGGCAACGGCACCAACAGCAGCACAGCUGCCAGCAGUAGCAAUAGCAGCAGAAGCAGCAUCGCCAAUGGCACUACUAGCAUCAGCACCAGCAGCGGCAGUAGCAACGCCAGUGACGCCGGUGCGUGGUACACGCCUGUGAGCGUGGCGACACAAGUGGUGCUGCAGCGCAGUGUGGUGCUGGGACCCUACAUUGACGCCGCAACGGGUGCAAUUCUUGGGCCGGUGGUCGGCGGCGCGGCGGGUGCAGCGGCGACAGCGGGUCCGCCCGUCAUGGCCGCUGCGCCGCCGCCGACAUUGAGCUUCGGCAGCGUCCGUUCGCCGUGGCUGCAUUUCUCCAAUGGCAGCAACAGCACCGGCAGUAGCAGCACCGGCAGUAGCGGCGGCGGCUACAGCCUGACGCUGCGAAACAUGACGGUGGUUGGGCUCAACAGCCCCAACCGCUGGCCGGCGCCGUACCUGGUGCAGUGCCUGGAUCUAGCGAUGUGGGCGGUGGAUGUGGAUCACAUGCCUUCGCUGACGGGGCAAGAAACCCGGGUUGCGAUCUCCGGCAGCAACGUCAGCGUAUCGCCUCAGGAGAUGGAGCUUUGGGCGUCCUGCUACACCGUCCUGACCGCGAGCGGCGGCAGUAGCGGUGGCAGUAGCAACAGCAACAGCAGCAGGAACAGCAGUAGCAGCUUGGUCAUUGACAACUACACCUUUUCGGCGGAGCUCAAGUCGGCGUGCGCGGGGCUGGGGCUGCAGGUUUUCAGUGCUGCGGUGCCGCGGACGGACCCGCACGCCUUCCGCAUCACGGCGCUGCAGGGCAUGGGCGUGCGGCUGCGUGAUGUGGUCCUGCGGGACGACAUCUCACCCUACCAGCGAUACGAUUUGGAGUACCUGCUGCCACUGCCGGCGCCGGCGCCCAAGCCGCCGCCGUCGGACGGCUCAGCCGACCUGGAGUACGGAAACACCGCCCACACCACCAAGUGGCUUGUCCCGCUGGUGGCGGUGGGCGUGGUGGUGCUGCUGUGCGCGGUGCUGGUGGCGGGGCUGGUGUAUCGCGAUCGCAACGGCCCGGAGCGCUACGUCAAUAUCCACAUGAAACGCAUGGCCUUGCUGGAUGAGGAGAUGGCAGCAUACGAGCUGGGCGCCGGUAGCGCCGGCCGUGAUGCCGGUUUUGGCGACGGCGGCGGUGGCGGGAAUCGGGGCGGCGGCGGCGGGGCGGCGGGAGCGCUGCUGGCGGCGGGGGUGGGCUCGACGGGCGUCGGUGGCAGCGCCGGCGGCGCAAGCGGCUACGUCCCCGCGGUUGAGCGGUCCUCAGACAGCCUUGGGCAGCAAAGCCGUGUCGUUACAGGCGGCACGGCGUUCUUUAGGAAGCUGUCACUUUUGCGCAGAAGCGCCACAGCGGCCGCAGCCGCCGCGGUCGCUGCGGCGGCCGCGGCGGUUACUUCGGUCGGCAGCGGUCACAGAGGCGACAGCCCGGGCGGCGGCGGCGGCGGCGGCGGCGAUGCCCAUGGUGGUAAAGACAGUGGCUUUACUCCUGACGCUGACAACCGUGAGGCUAGGACCUGGUACGCAGGAAUGGACCCUGGGGCGGAUGGCAGUGAGGCGCUGGGCGCCUCAGGACACGUCGAAGCGGCGCAGAGCAUGUACCCGGGUGAAGCGCCGUCGCCGAGGGGCGGCGCGGCCGCAGAGCUGGCGUCGCCAACAGCCAGCGGCGCGGCCGCUGGCGCAAAACGGAGGCUAUCGCAACCACGCUACCACAACCAACAAAGCCACAACGGCAACGGCCGCGCACAUGCUGUUGAUGAGAUUACGCCCUGGGAGGGUCAGCAGCAGCAGCAGCAGCAGCAGCAGCAGCAGCAGCAGCCACUGCUCGGGGCAGCAGGCAGCGGCCCGCUCCCGGUGCUCCCGCGCCCGCCCACGGCCCAGGCUCAGCGCGCCACGGAGCCCACGCUGGCGACCCACUCAGGCACGGAGACGCAGCAGGGGGCGGCGGAGCUGGCGGAAGCAGACCGCCGGGGCCUCCUGGAUCAUCGGGAGGACGGCCACCACGACAACCUUGAUCAUGAUCAUGACCAAGAUCAAGAUCAAGAUGACAACGCCGCGGCACACGUGAUGCCACCCAGCAGCACUGCGCUGCUUGCCGCCAUGGCCGCAGCCGUGUCGUCGUCAGCGCCGCCGCCGGCGCCGACCACGGCCGCAGCCGCGGCUGCGGCAGCGCCAUUCGGCAGCGGCGCCGGCAGCAACCCACCCAGCCCGCGGCAGCCCACCCGAUCCGGCCCCAACACCGCCGCUGCCGCCGCCGCGGCACCGCCCCCCGCUCAGCUCGGCUCACCGCUGGCUUCCCCUGCCGCAGCGCUUGCCAACAUGGCGCUAGGACGCGCGCGCGCCUCACCGCCGGCCAGUCCUAAGAAUAGUACUGCAGCAGACGGCGCUGCUGGCAAGCCUGGGACGCCGACGGCACGGCAGCUCCAACGGCCCCAGGACGCCGCCGCCGCCGCCUUUGGCACCGCCGCUGGCGGCGGCACCACCGACGGCGGCGCCGACGCGGAUAGUAGGAUGCUGGUGGUUCCGCUGACAGCAACCCUGACGUCUGCUUCCUCGGCUCCCAACACCUUUGGAACCGCGGCGGGUUGGACGACCACCUCGGGCUCUGUUGGCGGCGACUCCCCCGGCACCACGCAGCAGCAGCUGCCGCGGGAGGCCAAGCCCAACAACGAACGCGCUCAGCUGCCGCCACCGCCGACGCGGGCGGCGGCUCAGGCGGGCGCGGCGGCUGCAUUGAAGCCGUGGCAGCAGGCUUCCAAUGAUGACGUGCCGGCGGCGUCACAGCAGUCGGUACCGCAGCCGCUUGAAUCUGGCUUGGGUCCGAGGCAUCAGACCAGCAACCUAUCGGCAAGACAGUCGAGUGGGGAGCUGCCUGCUACUAGCAGCGGCGGCAGCGCAGCCACCGCUGCAGCAACAGUAACAGCAGUAGCGGCAGUAACAAGCGGAGUAGGACGGCAGACCAACGGGAUCAUCAGCUCCUAUGGCUCGGGCGGCACGAGCACAGGCACGGGCACAGGCACGGGCACAGGCACCAGCGGCACCGCGGGGAAUGCCGGGGGCCCCGGGGGCAUUCGGCGACUGGCGAGUGCGCAGGGCUACUCAACCGCAAACAGUGGAAGCGGGAGCUCGCAAGACGGUGCAAACGCCCCCUCAGGGCCGCCGGCCCACGUGCUGCGCGAGUCACCGCCCUCCGCGCACACAGGCCGCCGGCCCACGUGGCGAAUGUCAGCGCCGCAGGGAGGAAUGGUGGACACGGACGGUGCACUUCGCAACGCCCUCGCCGAAAUUCCGGUCACUGCCGCCACCUGUGCCAGUGCUGCGGAGACGGCGGUGCAGCACGCGUUGUCUGCGCAAGCGUCGCCAUUCGCACGCAGCCCGGUGAUGGUUAGCGACGGCGGCGGCGCGCGCUCGCGUCUGUCGCGCACGUCCGCUGCGGACCUCAGCAGCGAGAGCACAUCGAGCGACAAGACGGCCGCUGGUAAUGCGGCAGGGGCAGCAGCAGGGGCAGGGGCAGCACAGGCGCAGGCGCAGGUGCAGGCAGGUGCCGCCCCUGCCGGAGGUAUCAGCACCAGCAGCAGCUGGCGGAUGGGUGGGGCGUCCCAAACUCUGAAGGCGCUUUGGGGCGGCGUGAUGCCGACACGCGGCGAUGCCGAACGUGCCGCGGAAGGCUUCGACGGCACGGCCGCUGCCGCGAUGCUGGCGCACCGUGCAUCCGGAACUGGCGGCGGCUACAUCCUGCAUGGGGAGGGCUCUGCUGCUGCUGCCUCAGGCAUUGGUUCGCCGGUACCGCACAACAGGAGGGUGAGCGGCUCGUCUGCCUGGUCCAUGGGCCCGUCAGGGGGCGGGCUGGGAGACUCCGGAGGCAGUAGCGGCGGCGCCGCCGCUGGGAUGGGCCCAUCGGCAGCAGGGGCUGCAGGCCCCAGAGCGGCGCCCUCUCCUGCGUUCAGCAAUGCCGCGUCACCGUCACUGAGUCGCCACGGCACCGGCACCGCGGCAGUGCUGGCGGCGGCCGUUGACGCGGCGAUGGCAGCGGCGUCAGGCUAUGGGGGCAGUGGGCUGCCGCCGCCUCGUGCGCCUUCGGGCACGAGCGGAACCGGGAAGGCCGGCAUCGGCAAGAUGCUGGUGGGAUCGUUGUCCAACCUCUUCCGCGUGGACGCCCUGACGGUUGUAGCCGACGAUGGCGCCGCCCUUGCCGCGGCUCGGCGCCAGCAGGCGAAUGCGCCUGCCGCCUCCAACGCAGCAUCCCUGCACGCCUCUGCUGCCGCGGGCGGCGCGAGCCCCGUCGUGCCUUGGUCAAGCAUGCGGGCUGGAGGGGCUCCGGCAGGCGCCGCCGGCGCCAGCGCCUGGGCAAAUGCGGGGCCCGGUGGUGCCAUGCCGGCCGGCACAGCUGGCUCCAACAGCAUGCAACGGGGCCGGACGGCAGCGGGCGGCUCCAGCCUUGAGGCGGCCCUGAGUGAGCUCACCGCGGAUAUGGAGAACCGUCUGAAUGAGAACCAGCUGGUGAUCCAGCAGGUGCUGGGCUCGGGCGCCUUCGGCACCGUGUACAAGGCGCUGUGGAAGGGGCUGCAGGUGGCGGUGAAGACCAUGACGCUGACGGCGGACGCCGUGACGCAGGGCCGCCACGCGGCGCUGAUGGAGGCGGCGCUGUCAAAGUCCAUCUUCCACCCCAACGUGGUCACCACCUACACCUGCGACCUGAAGCCCAUGCACGUGGACAGCCGGCGCGGCGGCGCAAUGACCGGCCUGCAGAUCAUGAACGAGACGCAGGUCAUCCAGGAAUGGCGCCUGUACAUUGUGCAGGAGUUCUGUGACGGCGGCUCACUCCGCCACGCCAUCCAGGCGCGCUCCUUCCUCAACCCCAGCACCGGCGCGCCGCAAAUGGAGUGGGUCCUGCAGAUGGCGCGCGAGAUAGCCAGCGGCCUGCAGUAUCUGCACGAACGCAACAUCAUCCACGGAGACCUGAACCCCGCCAACGUGCUUCUGAAGCGCGAGGAUGCCAGCGUGUUGGGCUACACAGCCAAGAUCGCGGACUUUGGCUUGUCCGUGCACAUGCACGCGGAGCAGAGUCACGUGUCAAACACCAAACGCGGCACACCCUUCUACACCGCCCCCGAGGUGACGAACGCCGGCAACCUGACGCGCUUUGCCGACGUCUUCUCCUACGGCGUGGUGCUGUGGGAGCUGUACUGCAGCCGCUGCGCCUGGACCUACGGCCCGCAAGGCCGCCUGGUGCACCAGCGCGGCUUCCCGCACCUGCCGCCCUCCUGCCCGCGCUCCUACGCGCAACUGGUCAGCAUCUGCAUGCAGCCGGCGCACAAGCAGCGACCCACCUUCAAGCAGAUCGGGAACAUGAUCGAUUCGAUGCUGCGCGACCUGUCGCGUCUGGGCUCGGAGCAGGAAUGGUGGUCGUCGCUCAUGAACACACAGGCAUCAGGCAAUGGCGCGUCUGUCAACGGCGCGUCGGCCAACGGCAACAGCAGCAGCUACGGCAGCAUGGCAAACAUGGCAGGGGGGUCGCCGGACGCGCCCCUGUCGCCCCUUGGCCAGAUGCCACGGCACGGCAUGCCGGACGGCAACGCGCCUCGCAUGCACCACGCGCCCAGCGCACCAACGAUGGGUACUAUGGCGGGAGCAGGCUACGGCACGGCAGCGCAGGAAGGCGGUGGCUUUGGAGGGCCGCAGCAGCAGCAGCAGCCGCACAUGACGAGCACGGCGUCAGCGCGCGCUCUGUCACCGUUUGCGGCGCAGCAGUCCGCACAUUGGAGGCCGGGCGGCGGCGGCGGUGGCGCGCGGCAUGGCAUGGGCUUGGGCACGGAUGCAGCCUCCAAUGCUGCUGGCGGCAGUGGCAGCCUGGACACCGCCACCAGCGGAAGCAGCAAAAGUGGCGGCGGCGGCGGUGGCGAGGUGGGCAGUAACGGCCCUGAACGCCAGCAAUCCAAUGCAGACACUUCGGGCUUGCUUGCUGCGCCGGGGACCACGAACGGUGCGCACACGCCAGCGGUGGGGCCGCCACCGUACGUCCUGUCAGGCAGCCCCGUAGGUCACCAAACGGCGGCGUGGGUGGUGCCAGCAGCAGGGUCGUCAGCCAGCGAUGCUGCUCGCGGCAGCAACAGCCAGGAACUCAACAGCUCUGGCUUCUUCGGCGGGAGCGGCACAACCACACACGCUGCCAUCCACAACGUCGCACGUCAGCUGGCGCCGUCAACGUUCGGCGGCGAGGACACGAUAGCGGGCAUCCGGCUUGGGUCCUCUCCUAGCGGCUUGUCGGCGGGUGCCUCCGGCUCCGUCGGCGCGAUGCUGGGAGCGGGCAUGCUGGCGGCGACUAUGGUUGCACACGCAGUUGCAGACCCGACUGCCGACAGCCAUGCCGGCAGCAGCGACGGCGGGGCUGGCGGCAGCAGCGGAGCCACGCAAUCGCGCGGCACUGCUGCCGCCGCUGCCGCGGCAGCUGUGGCAGGUGCCGACAGGGGCGGCGCGGGUGGCUUCGCCACCGUCAGCAACGGUCUUGGCUUUGUGGCAGAUAGCGGCGUGUGGCUCGGCAUUAACAGCAGCGACGGCAGCGGGGGCUUGUCCAGGUCCGACAGCGCGACGACCGCGGCUUCCCCGGCUGGACAGCUGCCUCAGAUGGCGCAGCGCCAGGGCAGCUCCGGGUCACCUGUUGCGCUGCCGCGGUGGCCUUCGGAGUACUUGGCCGGCAACGCCGGUGCAGCGGCAGCUGCAGCUGCGGCAGGAGCUGCUGCGCAGCAGCUGCCCAGCUCUCCGCCGCCUCACCCCUGGUCUCCCGCCACAGCGCGGCAGCAGGGCGCAGGCGGCUCCCCCGGUGCCACAGCAGAGCAAGGCGCCUCCCCGGCUGCAGCGAUGCUGGCGGCGACAGCCCUGGCGAGCGAUGGCGCACUGCUAGCCGCUGCGGGGCUUGCAGGGCUGCGGAGCGGCGGUCCUGUUGCGCCUGCCGGUGCCAAGGCUGAUGGCGGCGGCGCAGCCCUCGUCUUCACAGUUCCCGCCGAGCUGCCGCGCGCCGGCCGACCCGACCUGCCUACCGUACUGGAAGUGGAGGAAGAGAUGCACAUGGUCAAUGGCAGCACCGCCGGCUCGGGUGCUGCCAGCAACGCAGCUACCAGCAGCGGCACAGCGGCCACGGCAGUCGUUACGGGGCCCGGGACGGAUGCCGAUGCACAGCGGGGCGGCGGGCCUGUGUCGCCCUUGCUUACAGAGCACUCGGGCUCAAGCGGUCGGAGCCCGCAGCAGUCGGUGCAUGCGGGCGGCAGUCCUGUGACAGACAGCGCGACGGCAGCCAGUAGCGCCAGCGCCACCGCGCAUGUGGCGGCGGCGGACGAUAGCGCCGAGGCCGCGGCGGCUACAGCCGCUGUGGCGGAGCCGUCAAUUGCCACUGCACCGGGAGCGGGGCCGACGCAGACCAGCGCGCCCGAGGAACAGAGCGGCGCAGCGGAGGUCGCGGCGCCGGACGAUGCGCCGCAGUCUCAGGGGCAUCCAGCAGUCAACGCGAUAGCGACAGCAUCCGCGCCAGUAGUGGAGCGCACUGACCCAGAAAUACAGGCGCUGCCGGUGCCGACGGCGCAAGCAGCUCCUCUUGCCGCGACAGGCCCCGCGGCAGCCGUGGCUGCGGCGGGUGGGACGUCACCGGUGCCGCCGCCGGUGCCGCCGGCACCGGCGCCGCCCCCACGGCCUGCGAUCUUCUCAGCGGCGCUGGGUCGUUUCAUUCGCCCCAGCUUUGGCGUCAAGCAGGAGGCGGCCAUGGCAGAAGCGGAGUCCGUGGCGGCGGCCGCGGCAGCAGGGCUACUGCCGCCGCCCGGCACAGCAACAGCGGGACUGUUCGCACGGCCGAGCUUCGGCAACAGCUUCCUCACAGACUGUCCGCCGGCACCCAUGCUGCCGACGGCGCCAAGCCCCGCGGCCGCGCGUUUCGUGCGACCCUCGGCGGGCAUGCCUGCAACGGACGCGGUUGCGGAGGCGGAGGCCGCGGCCCUGACCGCGACAGGCCUGCAGGAGGCCGCCGCAAGGCUGGCGCAAAGCGGUGGUGGCGUAUCGCGCUUCAUUCGCCCCAGCCUGGGUACAGAGCUGGCUGGCGGCGGCGGCGGCCCUGGCGGUGACGGCGGCGCGCCGUACAUGCUGCCUGGUGGCGGCGCCGGCGGCGCGGGCAUGGUGGUUGUGGGCGGCCAUCUGCCGGCCCUGCCCUCCUACUCGGCCAUGCAGCAGCCCGCCAGUGCCUCUCAGCAGCACCCGUCCAUGGCCAUGGUGGGGCCGCACUCGCUUGCGCCGCCGCCGCCAGCGGUGCCCUUUGCCCGGCCCAACCUGGCUGACAUGGCCGCCUCGGGCACGACCGCCUCCGCUGCCGGCAGCAUGGGCCCUCGCCUGAUGUCCGCCGCCCCCAUGCUGACGACACCCACGGGCCCGCCGCAAAUGCAGCCGCCACAGCCGCCAGUAGCGAUGCACACGCCGAUGCCGCCGCCAGGCCUCUUUGGCGCCGGCGCCGGGCCCAUCACCGCCGCCCUCAACCUGGACCCGGACCAGCCACGCUUCUCCCGCGCAACACAUGGCCGCACGCACGACCCCACCGACCUCACGCCCGACCUCCCGGGGCCCGCCUUCGCCCAGGCAGCCCUCGCCGCGGCUACUGCCGCCGCUCAGCAGCUACCGCCGCCGCCGCCGCCUGUCAUGGAUUCACCAAACAGCGGCUGGGGCGGUGCGCCCUGGUGGGUCGCGCCGGGCCCGGCGCCGAUGGCGGGGCCUGGUGGCCCAGGGCCGUGGGCGCCGGCCGGCGGAAGUGGGUCCGGCACGGAUGGCCUGCCCACCUUUAGUGGCAUUGCAUCGCUGCCGGGCGGGACUGAUUCGGGCUCCAGCUCAAUCCCAUGCUCGUACAACGGGACCCCGCUGAUGCCGGGAUCUGCGGCUGGCGCGCCGGGUGCCACGGGGGCUGCGUACGGCAGCAGCGGCAACGGCUUUGCGUUUGGGCAGGUCAUGGUGGUUCCGUAUUCGGUGGGUGGCGACAGCAGGGGUCCCAGCAGCAGCACGGGCGCCCCUGCCACGCACCGGCCUUGGGGCCCGCAUGGCGGGAGCACCGGCAGCGUGCACGGCGGAAGUGGCUACGGGCUGGCCGGCGGCGUGUUUGGUUCGCCUCUGUCUGUGUCGGGACUGGCGGGCACGAUCCGGCAGCCGGUCAGCCUCGACUACCAGCAGCAACAGCAAGCGCAGCAGCAGUCGUCGCAGCCACGCGAGCAUUUGUCCGGCGGCGUAGACGGUAGUGCACUGGGCGGCCUUGGCCAGACCCUGUCAUGGCGAGGCCGGCGGUCGCGGCUGGGCGUCGUGCCGUCUGCAGGCGCCGCCGGUGCCGGUGUCAGCGCCGCGCCAGGCAGCGGCGGAAACAGCCCUGGUGGGUGGGCUGGCGGCGGCGGCGGCGGGGGCGCUUGGGCCGGGGCGGCCGAGUAUCGCAACGCCGGCGGCCCGCGGACUCGCCGCGGCUCCGCGGGGCCUCGCAGCUGCUCCUACUCGGGCUGGGAGGGCGGGGGCAGCAGCAUCAGUGGGAGCAUGGGUUCAGACGGCUUCGGUGCAGCUGGGUCAUCCGCUUGGCACGCAGGCGCGGCGCCGCCCUACCCCGCCGCGAACUACCCCUCAUCAUGGCUAGGACUGGACACACCGCAGCUCCGCUCUCGCCAAUCGUCGCACCUCGCGCCGCCCGGCCGCUUGGCGGCGGCGGCGACGGCCGCGGCGGCGUCGAUGCUGGUGGCUCGCCUGCCGUCGCCGCAGGCUGGCGCAGCCUUACCAGGAGCAGCCAUCGCAGAUCCCGGCGCGCCCGUUUUUCGGCGCGACGGCUUACUGCAGAUGAUGGCCGGCCACGGCAGCGCUGGCGAACUGGGUGCAUCGGCGCUGGGCCUCGGCUCGCAUCGGUCACGAGACAGCGUGUCUGGAUCGCUGGAUGGCGGUGUCGGUGGAGGCGGGGCCGCGCGACAGACGUCUCCGCAGCCCCGGGUGACGUCGGGAGCCAGCAAGGGCACGGGCAGCAACAUCCUGGAAGCCAUCAAGGCCGCAGUGAUGGGGCGCAAGCACUCGCACGUGCAGCCUGCCGAUAUGGACGGCGGUGCGCCCGGCAGCAGCGCUGCCGCACAGGCAGCUGCGAGCGCUAGCGAGCAGGCAGCUCAGUCCCUCAGCAACAGCCGACGUGAGAGCGCCUCAGGUGACCCAUCCGCCAGCACGCUGUUGGCUGCCGCCGCCGCCACCGAGGGCUCGCCUGUUGUCGCGCACGGUCCCUUUGAGCGACCCAGCCUGCCGCGACUGGAAGUGGAGCUUCAGCGCCAACACAGCGCGGCAGAGGACGAGGCAUUCGCUCUGGCGUUUGAGGCGCCGGAGCUGAUGGAAGCAGCCGCGAGUGGCGUCAGCGGCGGCAGCGCCGGCGCCGGCAGCGGCCUCGGCAGCGGUGCUGGGGGCCUGGUUGGUUUGGGCGGGUUUGGCAGCGGCUUCCGGGCACCGCCGCUGCCGCCGCUGCAUGAGGGUUUGGAGCGGAGCUCGUUUGAGGAGGCUCUGAGGAUGGUGGGCAAAGGCAGCCUGUCGACUGUGCCGGAGUCGGCGUCGGAGGGCGGGCACAGCCGGUGCAGCCUAGCUAGUGUUGCGGCGCUGGACCGCACCUCGGCGACCUCGGCGGGCGGCAGGGCGGGGCAGGCUGCCGGCGGCAGCUCGAGUCACAGCGACGCUGUGGAAAGUGGGGUGGACAGCGGUGCGGUUGAGGCUGCGGCGGCGGCGGCGGAGCCGGCCGUGCCACGCCCGCGCACCGCGGCGCCGGCGCGGAAGGGCUCUGGCGGGCAAAAGACUUCGAGGGGGUCAGGCGCUGGAGGGCCUGCUCAGAUGUCGCGUAUGUCCCGGGACCAGACGGCAGCUAAGAAGUAGCUGUCAGGUACCGGCAGUUUCUUGCCUAUUGAAGAAUACCGUAGCAUGGGUAUGCACUACGAACAACCUUUCGGACAGAGCAUGUUGCGCACCUGCACUGCACGUCUGCACCCGCGUCAAGUUUCCAAAUUUCCAUACCGGUAGGUGUGGGCUGGUCUCCUGGCCCACACCAAUCCAUGCGUUGAAGUUCUGAGAAUUGAUUGGUGCACAACUUAGCAAUUGAGUAGGCGGUGAGAUAUGGAUAUCACGCACUUUACGGUACGGAUACUUGCAGUAGCAGUAGCUGAGUUCCUUAACGUAUGUAUUUCCUUGUGCUGCUCACGAUAUCAUGAUAAGGGCGGCAGACGUUGUCUUUAUUCAUUGUGCGCGUGUGGCGUGUAAUGCGGGGCGGGAGGUGGGGUUCGGACAGCGUGUGCUGACAAUUGCUGUCAUGGUUGCUGAUGAAGAUGCGUGUGUGCAUGAACGCUGCAGCCACGUCACACUUACGUCACGUCGCACUGUCGUGACAGACGCGACAGUGGUUGUGCCUCAGCACCGCCGCAAGAUGAAGCAACCUAAACGGAUUACCGUACAUUUGAU